AUGGGGUGUCCGAAGCAGUUUUCUGUGCAGGGCCACAUGGGCUCCGCCCUCCUAAAGACGCCUGACAUCGCCUGCAGCAUCGUUCAGGGGCUGUCGAAGAGCACGUCGCUUCCUGUUUCGUGCAAAAUUCGUUUGCUUGACGGUCCUAUCGAGAACACGAUCAACUUUAUGAAGAGACUCGUCGAUUCGGGCGCAUCGGCGAUCACGCUGCAUCUUCGCUAUACGGACGAUCGUCCGCGCGUGCCUUGUCAUAAAGAGUUUUUCCCAACGGUGCUGGAAGCCAUGAAGGCGUACGCACCCUCGGUUCCUGUUUGUUACAACGGCGAUAUUUUUUCGUUUGAGGAUGUUUGUUCUCUCCGCAAGAAAUUCCCCACAACUGGAUUAAUGAUAGGGAGAGGAGCGAUUCUCGAUAUGGGCGUGUUUAGAGGGGAGAGUAUGACCUACAAGGAUACGAAUCGAGAGUUCCUACGUCUCUCUGCCCAAUACAAUAACUGCUUUGCCAACGUGAAAUAUACCGUGUACCGAAUUAUCACCGAAGGAAAGCAUCAGACCGAAGAAGGAGCGGAGCAAGUGCACAACGCUCAUGACUGGGAAACACUCGGAAAUGCGUAUGGGAUUGGAGAGGAAUGCACAAGAAUCUUGGAAGACCUCCAAGGCAAAGGAUUGGAGACGGAUCAGAACUUGCACGCCAAUGACGGAGGAAAGCACAGAAAGAGCAGGAAGAGACAGAGUCCGAACUCUCCUGUGAACGAAAGCCAAGAGAAGAUUUCCCUCCAAGAGAGUAGUAGUUAG